AUGUUUCCCAAGACGUCGAACUAUACUCUCUCUGAUUUUCACAGACUCGAAAAAAUUGGCGAAGGCUCAUAUGGAAUCGUAUACAAAUGCCGCAAUCGAAAGUCGGGACAACUUAAGGCCAUGAAAAAAAUUAAGCUUGAGAGGUUUGAUGAGGGCGUCCCUACGACUGCUCUCAGAGAAAUUGCUCUUCUAAAGGAACUGGAUCACCCCAAUGUUGUGACGUUAGAACAGGUUAUCCUGGAUAGCGGCCAGUUAUAUCUAAUUUUUGAAUAUUUAACUGUGGACCUUAGACGAUAUCUAGAUCUUACUUGCAAGCACACUAGACUGCCUUCAAGCACUGUUAAGUUGUUCAUGUACCAAAUGCUGCAAGCAAUUGCGUAUUGCCACACAAGGCGCAUUAUCCACCGUGAUUUAAAACCCCAAAAUGUUCUAGUAGAUGUGGACAAGAAUAUUAUCAAGUUGGCUGACUUCGGCUUAGCUAAAUCCUUCGGCUACCCGCUUCCCGUGCUGACUCAUGAGGUCGUCACUCUGUGGUAUCGCUGUCCUGAGCUUCUCCUUGGCGAAACUGUCUAUUGUUAUGGUGUCGAUAUGUGGUCUAUGGGCUGCAUAUUUGCAGAAAUAGCCACAGGAGAUCCUCUGUUUUGUGGUGACAACGAGCUUGAUCAACUUUUUCGCAUUUUCCAUAUAUUGGGGGUACCGACAGAGGAAAAUUGGCCAGGCGUUAACCGGCUAAGCAAUUUUAAUGCCAAAUGUUUCCCAUCUUGGCACACCAAUAGACUGUGCUCUCAAGAAAAUAUCAAGCAUGCUCUUGAUGCAAGGGGCCUUGAUUUAUUAGCUGCGCUUCUUAUCCAAAAUCCAUUAUCUCGCAUAAGUGCACAGCAAGCACUUUUGCAUCCCUACUUUGCCGAUCUUGAUAAAGAAUUGGUGCCUGCAGUCGGUGAGGAGUUUGUUGGUCUUCCAGUCGACGAAAUUCCAUCCGAUUUUGCCAAUUUAUUCAACACUGUGAUUAACAUUUCGGCGAGCGAUUUGAAUGCGGGAGGAGACGAUGAAGAAUGGAAUAAAGAAGAAAAAGUCGGAACCUCAAAUGCGACGUCAAAGAUGGUGCCUUCUACGGUGUUGCUAGGUGCAUCAUCGUAUCAAAUCGCAGCAGCUCGCAAAAAGUUUGCAAAGGAGAAAAUGGAGCAGUCAAAGACAGGAAAACAUUAG